AUGGCUAUUGCCACAGUUGUCACCGUUGCUGAACUUUUAAAACACAAUGGAUUGGCUGUUGAGAAGAAGAUCAUGACAUCUAAUGUUGAUAUGAAGGAUGAAUCGAGAGGGCGUCCCAUCUCUAAAGCCAAGAUUGAGAUAUUGCUGGGGAAGACAGAGAACUUUGAUGAAUUAAUGGCAGCUGCUGCAGAGGAGAGGGCUGCUGCAGAUGGUGAUGAGCAGAGCUGA